AUGGAUCUCCAGAUCAAAAUGGGAAUGCAAUGGACUAUCCUAAUGCAAGCACUCGUAACUCAUCAACAUAAUGCUGAAAAUCCUCUGGAGUAUCUUAAGAUAACUGCAUUUUUAGGUGUUCAGUCCAGGACUAACGUCGAGGAGACUGAUUGUUAUGGUGGAAGAUAUCCUGGAUCUCAUUUUGAUAUCGAUCCUGAGGAAGCCAUUGUUGUUUACUCACAAUAUCUACUCUCCAACAUGUUAACACAACAAGAUAGGCUUGAUUUCUUGAUGGGAUUUAUCAAAGGAUUGUAUGAAAAUAAUGAAUCAACUAGGACGACUAUGGAAUCAGAGGUAAUGUGGCAUGGCAUAAGGAACAUUGUCGCGGUUGAGGGGGAGGAAAGGACUAUUAGGCACGUAACGAUUGAGUUAUGGAGGAAGUAUUUCAAGCGAUUUGGAAUGGAGGAGAUGAAAAUGAGCAACUCAUCAUUGUACCAAGCAAAAAUGGUGGUAGAAAAAUUUAGUAGUGGAAACUCUUUCACGCUUGAAAUGAAUGAAAAUUUUAUCGCGAUUGGAUGGAAAGGAACUCCUCUGAAUUCACUUUCUGCAUGGAAGUUCCACAAAAGAAGUGUUUUUCAUAGAGCUUACAUCACUCUUUAA